AGCGGAACACGUACUGUUCUGUUAACCAAAUUAUUGCAAUUCGUCAGUUGUAAGAAGUUUUUCGUAUAAUUUCAUUAUAAUGAAGUGUUCAUAUAAGUUGUUGGUAGUGUUGUCUGUGUUGCUUGUUUGUGGAAGUGUUCCUUCGUUUCACAUUCAUCGAAAUUAUAAAAAGUGUGGCGUGGAAGCAAGUUCGAACCUUAUCCACAGGAAUCCAUGGUUGGUUUUCCUGGAGUUCCACGACCAAAGCGAUAUGAUCGACAUUCGAUGUGCUGGUACCCUCAUUGAUAUGUGGCACGUCGUCACAGCAGCACAUUGUGUGAAACACUAUACAUCCAAGUUAGUAGCCCGUUUCGGUGAAUACGAUGUAUCGAAAAGUAAGGACUGUAUGUUUAGCGUAUGCGCCGAUCCUGUAGUCAAGAUAGAGGUGGAGGAAGUGAUAGUUCCUGGUGGAUACAAAAACCACGAGUAUGGCAGCGAUAUAGCGAUACUUAAAUUGAAAUAUCGGGCACCGUAUACAGAUUUCAUUCGUCCAGUCUGCUUGCCCACCGGUCCAAUAAACCAAAACGCCAUCUUCAUUGCCACUGGUUGGGGGGAAAUGAUCAGUUCCAACCUAUACAGCGAUACCAAAAAGAUGAUACCACUCCCAUUCUGCUCACUCGAUGACUGCAGAAGGGUGUACUCUCGUAUAAAUUUACCCGAUGACAUCAUCUGCGCUGGUGGCGUAAACGGUAUGGAUACUUGCAGAGGGGAUUCCGGGGGGCCUUUGCUGUGGAUAAGGGAGAGAGUCGAACUACGCGGAGUGAUCAACACUGGUUACAGCCGUUGUGGGACAGAAGGCUUUCCCGGUCUUUACAUUAGUGUAGAAAAUCAUCUGGAGUGGAUUGAGGCGAUUCGCAAUGGUUAUUAUGAUGGUAGCAUAAGAUUAAUCUUAAGCUUAAAUUAAAGGUUUAAUUUUAAAUAUAGUUCAAUUAUUUAAGUUUUUAUAAAAAUGAAAAAAAAAAAAACAGUACGUACAAUAAUACAGGAGGUAAGCAAUAGUAUUGAUAUAAAGUAAACACUUGAUUUUGUAUUUGAAAGUAAUUGAUUUGCCAUCAAUUGAUGGAUUAAAUAAUAAAUUAAAUAUUAUUUAUAAGUACGUAUAUAAAUAAUAUUUAAUUUAUUAUUUUCAGAAACAUAUUUAUAUUUCAUCAACUUAUAUAUUUUAUAAUAUCAUGAUCAUAUCGAUCAGGCGAUAAAGUCCUCCUGUAUUAGUGUUUAUUUAUUAAUUUAUUUCUAAGGCCAAAUUUAUUCCAUUUUAAGGCUGGUUUUUUUGUUUCAUAAAUAAGUACUUAUACUCAAAAUAGGUUUUAGGUUAAAAAAUAAGUAAAUAAAAUAAAUCUUAUUGUUAUUUCUCUAUAGUAAAAAAUAGUAUUAUGUUCACGUGUUGUUUUGGUGUCUAUCAAAAAUUUUAAUUUCAAAGGAACAUUUAAAUUUUAACGUAGCUCGAAGAACUGACAACUGACUGGGAAGGAAGGUAGGUUCUCGAGGGUUCCGUACAAGCAAACGCAGUCUAGGAUGACCCAUACUAGUUGGAGUGACCACUUCAAAUGCAUCGCAGAGAGUCAGUGGAUACAGGUGGCUCAGAACUGUUCCUUAUGGCAGUCCAUGGAGCAGGUUAUGCUGAGCAGUGGAUGGAAAAUGGCUGCUAUGAUGAUGAUUUAAAAUUAAAUACAUCUAUAACUCAUAACACUUGGAAAUUUAAAAUUUAGACGAAUUUAGACGAAAAUGGUAGAUACUUGUUGAAAUGCACUAUAUUACGUUUUACACGCAAUUCCCUCUAGUAUAUUGAACUAGCGUUAAUUUUGCAUAAUAAUGAAAUAAUAAACUAUAAAUUAGAAACUGAUGGGUUACUGACGACAAUUACCACAUUUAACAUUUCAUUAAAGACUAUUUUUCAUUCCAAUUAAUAAUUUACUAAUAGUUACCGAAUUGAGAUUAAAUUUAAAGUAACGGACGACGCACAUUAUUGUCUACGACUAUGACAUGUUAUUCUUAAACUUCGCUUUAAUUUAAAUACACUAUUGGGAAUUAGUGAUGAAAAAUUUUUGCAUGUAAAGAGGUAAAAUUUGGUUCAAUCGUGACCACGACGUGAUGCAAUCCACGGCGAACCGUCGCCGGCAAUAAAAAUUAGGUAUAUAGGUACAAUUUACAUGCAAAAAUAUGUCAUUGCGUUAUGUUCCUAUACUUUAUGAUAUGUUUUUAUCUAAAUAUAAUAUUAAUUACAUGCAGUAAAGAUUGUAUUGAGUCAGGAAUCUCUAGUCAGGAUUGAUCUGGAUUUUAGGUAUUAAUAUUUGAAAUUUAUCUACAAAUAGUUAUAAUAUGUAUAUACUGGUCCAAUGACGAAUACGUUAAAAGUCUGUUAUUCAAAAAAUAAUAAUGAUUAACAGACUUUACGUUUAUUGUUUUUUCCAACACCAAAGUCCAGAGGAAUACAAUGUAUAGAUAUUGGAGCGAUAUUAUAAAUGCUAAUAAUAUAUAAUCUAUACCAAACUUCUUUAAAUAUGAUACGUCAUGUUUAUAUAUUUAGAUUUUUAAUAAUACCAAAAAAUAAUACCAAAAACGAUUAUAUGUGUACAUUCAUUUGUAUACAUCAAUUAACACGACUGCCAGAAUAGUAUUAGCUGUGUUUCACGGCUUCACCUGUAUAAAUCAGUAUAUACAGU